AUGCUCGUCCCUGGGGCCAGCAGCGAGGAUGCACCCCUCCUGACCUACAGGCUGAGGAAGAAGGACGGGAAGACGGUUAUGGACAUGGAGCAUACCUUCACUCCCUCUGCUCUCAGAGGGAGGGGAAUAGCAGAGAAGCUCUGUGUCGCUGCCUUCGAGUACUGCUCUGCGAGGUCGAUGAGAGUGAUCCCCUCCUGCUCCUACAUCCGCGACACGUUCCUGGCCCGGAGGAAAGAGUUCCUGUCCCAGGUCGUCUGA